GCAGCGGGGACGCGCCGCGCGGUGGUUGAGCGUCCGGGAGAUGUGGGCACCGAGCGGCCCGGGGCCCGCGGGCUGGGACCGCCGCAGGGUGGGCGCGCGACUACGGGCAGCACUGGCCGGGCUGCAGGAGCUUCAGGGGCUGCGCGCCACGCAGCAAGCGCGCGUGCGGGGAGCCCUGGGCCUGCACCCUGUGCCAGGGCCCCGCGGCCAGGAGCUACGGCUGGAGGCGGCGCUGGCCGCGCUACGGGAGCAGCUGUCACGGCUGAGGAGACAGGAUGCCGGCCUGAAGACGCACUUGGACCAGCUGGAUCAGCAGAUCAGUGAACUGCAGCUGGAUGUGAGCAGGUCUUCCUGCGAGGCCUUGGACAGUGACAGCAGGCCCAGUUCAGGUUUCUACGAGCUGAGUGAUGCUGGUUCCUGCUCUCUGUCCACCUCCUGUGCAUCUGUCUGCAGUGACCGUCUAUCCCCCUCCCUGGGCAGCUGGCUGCCUGCGCUUCAGCCCUCAAAGUCCAGGUCUGGCAUGGGGGACUGGCGACCCCGCUCUGCUGAUGAGACCACUGUCCCUGCAUGGAGCCCACAGCCCCCAGAAGAUGGCAGGCUCCCGCGUGGCGCAGAGGGCACAGGCCGGCUGAGGGGCAUGUUCCGGCCCAGACCGGUGUCUACAGGCGAUCUCGAGAGAGUCCUUCCGGCUGACGCGGGGCUCCAGAGAGCUAGCAAUGAAUCUGCACAUCUCCUGUGCCAGGGGAUCGAGAUCCCAGCCCACCCACUGGACCCCAAGUACCAGCGCGAUCUGGUGGCCAGGGGAGGCCAGGAGGUGUACCCGUAUCCCAGCCCCCUCCAUGCGGUGGCUCUGCAGAGUCCUCUCUUUGCUUUGCCUAAAGAAACCCCAUGCUUUGACAUCUACUCACCUCCCCAGGAGCCGCCUCUGGUCCCUGUCGAGGAAAACAGGACUCAGACUGAGCGGGUCCGUGAGCCCGGCUCAGCCGAAGCCUACAUCCACAGGCUAUUGGGUCUGCGGGGCCAAGAGCAGGGAAGCGACACAGCUGCUCUUCCACAGAAGCCCCGUGGCCAGAGGUUGGAGAGUAACCGUCAGCUGGAGAAGCCAGCCUGUGGAGCUGACAGGGGAGGAAUGAAACUAAGUAGGGGUGCUGCCAAAGACAGCCUCAAGCAACAGGGGCCUGUGUCCCUUGUGGGUACUGAGCCCCUCGGCAGCCCCCUAAAGGAGGAAACCAUACCUUGGAAUCCCCUUGUCCAUGGAGACAGUAUUCUUGGUUCCUCUCCCUCCUCCCAGGCCCAACAGCCUCUUACUGACUGUGGCCAAGGACCAGUCCUGUCACCACCCAGGGUGCUGGGCCCUGAGAACCCGCCUCUGGCCCCAAGGCCCUUUGCCUUUAACUGUACCACUGAUGAAACCUCCCCGGUGAGGCUGAGGAUGGGCUCUCCCCAAAACAAGGACGUGAAGGUCAGAAGAAGAGUUAGUGAGAAAGUACCAAGGCUAGGGAAGCAGCUCCCACCACAGCCCGAGAGACAGAGGGGCAUGCGCGCUGUGUUGCCCACAGAGCAGGACCCCUCCACCAGGCCCCAUCAGGGAGGUCUCAUCAGGAGGCCCACGCUGGCCAGAGAGCCUCCUGGACGCUCCUGCUCUGAGUCCACCCUCUACCCUGUGCCUUUCCUCGUCCCCCUAGUGGUGGCGCAGAGGGAAAGUUACCCAGCAUCUUCCCAAGCUCUCAUCCCUGUGCUCGGCUCAGCAGCCAGACGGAAGCAGCGCAGGUGGCAAUCCACUAUGGAGAUCUCAGACAAAACCCGUUCAGUCAGCCGACUCGGGCCCAGCUUGGGGUUCCCUAGGUCCCCAGCCAAGAGAGGAGGUGGUCCCGGGGCCCAGAGCAGGCCCACACUUGCCCGUCAGAAUGCCUGUGCGAGGAGUGAGUCAGACCCCUCUGAGCACUCCGCAGAGUGUGCCUCGCUCUUCCACUCUACCAUUGCCGAAAGCAGCGAGGACGAGGACGAGGAGGCGAGUGACCACACUGCCAACCGCUUCGGGGACGAGUCCAGCAGCAACGAUUCAGAAGGCUGUGUCCAGAGCAGCCGCUGCGGCCCGGCAAUAGGCAGUGCAGAGGCUGGGCAAGGGGAGUGGGCCUGGCCUCGGGCUCUGCCCCAGCAGUCCUCACGGGCUCCAGGAAGCACCAGGCCACCCUUGCCCCCUGUGCCCAAACUGUGCCGCAUCAAGGCCUCCAAGGCCCUGAAGAAGAAGAUCCGAAGAUUCCAGCCAGCAGCACUGAAGGUCAUGACCAUGGUGUGAUGCCAGCACUUCAGGACAAGCCUAGGACCCCAGAAGGUGCCAUGUGACGUGGUAUCCUGUGUCAUGUGAUGCGGUAUCCCAUGCCACGUGACAUGGUAUCCGGUGCCGUUGUGAUACAGGCGGAGGGUGGUACCAACCUGCUAUCUUGCUUAAGUUUUUCAGUCACCCUCACUGUGGUUGUGAGUCAUCUGGGGGGGACAUUCCCUCCAGCUAUCUUCAUUGCAUGAUCUCAGCCACAGGUUCGUUCCCCACCACACUGCCUGAUUUGUGGAUUGCAGUCUCUAAUAGGACAUUCCUCCCCAGAGACAUCUUAGAAACAUGGGGGUGGGGGACAGAUUUGCAUUUAACUCCAUAUUACAGUUGUAUGAACAAACACCUACACCGUGCUGCUGGUAGCGUUCCAAAUAAAAGAACCAUGUUUCC